AUGGUUAAAUCGCUUAAAGAGUUGGCACUUGAUAUCGUCAAAGGGGACCCAAUAUGGAGUCUGAAAAGUUGGCGUAUUGUCCAAACGGAAAAAUCCGAAGUUGUAUUGAGAAAGCAACCUGAGCCAAUGAACGAAUACGUGGAUAGGAAACUGGCGGCAGUUCAGUUUUCCUGGUCACUUCAAGGGAAGUAUAGAGGAACAUCAGUUUGGUUCAGUAGAGAGCAUAGGGUCCGCUCGAGCUCAGCUGCAAUUAUCUCUGCGAAAUUCAAUAAUCACUUCCGAAACGUUCAAUUCUGGAAGUAUGUCUUUGGUCCGACUCAACCACAACAACCGCCGAGCUUGCCACGCCAGUUGAACUCAGUCAGCCGCCCAAUGGAUCGGGGUCAUCAACAGCGAUCUCUAGCGGACCGACCAUCUGAUCCCCGCUCGAAGCGCCCAUCAACCCGUUUAGGACAACCAACUGAUCCACGUCUUCAAUGUCGGGUUCAUCAUGAAGCAAUACCAUCUGACCCGCGUGUACGCCGUCACCCCGGACAGGCUGACCAAUUAAUUGAUCCACGUCAACAAGUUCGGAUCAACCAACCUGGACAUCUUUUUGAUCUACGUUCUCACCCUCAAUCGAGACCACGAGGGUUUUAUACUGAUCCAAGUCUACGCCGUCAUGCCUGUCAAGAGACUAACAUAUUAUCUGAUCCACGUCAACGUUCCAGCCAACCAAGACAACCAUCUUGUCCACGCGAACAUUUCCAGCCUGGACAUGCUGUUCAAAAACGUUCUAAUCACUAA